AUGAAUCUCUUCCGAGCACCAGCCGCUCGCGCGGCAAAGACACUCGAUAGGUCUGUAUUCGCAAAGACUCUUAACGCUGCAGCGGCCUCUAUCAAAGAGAACAGGCUCCUGUCAAAGUAUAGAAAAGAGCUUGAGAAAACGAACGAGGUUCUCUUUAUGGAGAGAUUCAACCCUAUUCUACCUGACCCUGAUCCAUCACUUGCCUCUCAGGGCAAGAAGUGUAUCGUUUUGGCUCCUCAGAUAAAGUCUACAUCUCCUGAGACAUGGAGUCUCAUCCUUCAAGAAGCCUCCAAAGUUGGUGAUAUCAGAGUUGUGCCAUACGAUAUCGAGAUUGGUUAUGAGUCUUGGUCUUACAUGGAUGUCAUGAAAUCUAUCCUCCCGGAAGAACUCCACGAGGAGAUCCCAAGUGGCUUCAACACAGUGGGACAUGUUGCCCAUCUCAAUAUCCGAGAUCAAUACCUGCCCUACAAAAACAUCAUCGCCCAGGUCCUCCUUGACAAGAACCCGCACAUCAAGACCGUCAUCAACAAGAUCGACAACGUUGGCUCUGAGAACGAGUUCAGAACUUUUGCCUACGAAGUCCUCGGGGGUCCUGAUGAUCUGAACGUCGAGGUCAGCGAGGCCGGCUGUGUCUUCAAAUUCGACUACUCCAAAGUAUACUGGAACAGCAAGCUCGACACCGAGCACAAGAGAAUCGCAGGUCUUUUCAAGCCGGGCGAGGUUGUGGCAGAUGCCAUGGCUGGUAUCGGACCCUUUGCUGUUCCAGCUGGUAAGAAAGGCGUCUUCGUCUGGGCCAACGACAAGAACCCAGAGAGCUAUCGUUACCUUGAGGACGCGAUUCGCAAGAACAAGGUUUCGGAGUUCGUGAAACCUUUUAACUAUGAUGGCCACGACUUCAUCCGCACGUCCGCAGACCUUGUCUUCGAGGCGUCAAAGCGUGGUGACUGCGCCGUUAUCAAACCACCAAGACAGCCAAGGAGCUCUGCGGCGCCGCCUCCGGAGCCUGCCCGAGUGCCUGUGCCGCCUACCAUUUCCCACUUUGUCAUGAACCUCCCGGCAUCCGCCAUUGAGUUUACUCACAAUUACCGCGGUCUAUACCACGGCCGCGAGGAGCUGUUCGAGCCCCACACCGAGACCAAGCUGCCCAUGGUGCAUGUGCAUUGCUUCUCGGUCAAGGCUGACGACGAGACGCCGCUCAAUGACAUCUGCGAACGAAUACGCAAGGAAAUUGGCGUCUUGCUCAAGCCGGGCGAUCCCGAGAACCAAGGCGAAGUCCUCAUCUACGAUGUGCGAGACGUUGCGCCGGCCAAGAGAAUGUUCUGCGCCUCGUUCCGUCUACCAAGUGAGGUUGCCUUUGCCGAGAGGGUUUAG